AUGACGGGCCGCCCAGGCAUUGCGGAGAAGAGGCUAUCGGUUCAUCGCUUCCAGCAACUUCCUGAUCAGUCGGGAGAACCCUUCGACACUUCGAACGAUGUCACCAUUGAGAUUCCUUUGAAUAACGUCCCCAGCCGGAGCCAGACUGGGGCUCGGCCAAGCUUCCACUCCACUCGCUCCCAGCGUGUUUAUGAACCGCCCCAGGAAGAGGCCAAUGUCAGCAGUGAGAAGACCGGGCUCGUCCCAGGUCGUCGCCGACGGAUCGACGAUGCGAAGGGCCGUUCCAUAGACGAGCCGGAGGAUGGCACCGUGACUCGCAUGGGCCGUAUUUACAACAAGGUCCGCAACUUCUCGGUCGUAACCAGAUAUAUCAUCUACAUGGUUCCGAUUGCACUCCUCCUUCUCGUUCCUGUGUUGGUUCCGAUGUUCGUCGCACCAAAUGCUACUAUUGGUGGCGUGGGCGUGGGAUGGUUCUUCCUUUGGAUAUUCAUGCUUUGGGUGUACAUCUGGGUGUGCAAAGUGAUCGCGCACCUUCUUCCCUACGUCUUUCAGUUUUUGUGCGGGAUUGUCAGUUCCGGGACUCGAAAAUAUGCCUUGAUCCUCCAGAGUCUGGAAAUCCCGAUUGCAACGGUGAUGUGGUCUGCCUUUGCACUGGUGACUUUUCUUCCGACAAUGACCUUGAACCCGCGGCAGAAAAGGCUCAACGAUACCGAGGUCAAGUCGUGGGAGAAGUCGGUGAAGAACGUCCUGUUUGCACUUUUCGUCUGCAGCCUGAUCUUUCUGGCAGAAAAGGCUAUCGUGCAGCUCAUCUCUAUCAGCUACCACCGGAAGCAGUUCGACAUGAGAAUCAAAGAGUCCAAACAUAAUGUGCGGCUGCUUGCCGAACUCUACGACGCUUCUCGUAGCAUGUUCCCGAUGUAUUGUCGGGAGUUCCGCGAGGAGGAUGCGGUUAUCUCUGACUCGAUCAUGACACGCAAGGGAGUCAUGCCUCGAUCCAACUCGGCCCCUAUGCGCUUGUUCCGAGAGGUGGGCCAGAAUGUUGGCCGUUUGGGCGACAAGGUCACAGCAGCUUUUGGAGAUGUCGCUCAUGAGCUGACCGGCAAAGAGGUCUUCAACCCUACCUCGGCCAAAUCCAUUGUUACGCUGGCCCUGGAGCGCCGGCGGUCCUCGGAGGCCCUAGCCCGUCGAAUCUGGAUGUCUUUUGUGAUUGAAGGCAGAGAUGCCCUCCUGCAUGAUGACAUCUGUGAAGUCCUCGGCGCCGGCAAGGAAGCGGAAGCAGAAGAGUCUUUCCUCAUCCUGGAUCGUGACGGGAACGGGGAUAUCAGUCUGGAUGAGAUGGUCAUGGCUGUUACGGAAAUCUCUCGGGCGAAGAAGUCGUUGAAUCACAGCAUGCACGAUGUGGACCAGGCCAUUCAUGUGCUGGAUAAUUUGCUGCUGUCCGUGGCGUUCGUCAUUGCCAUCCUCGUCUUCAUCUCUUUCGUCACCUCUGGUUUCGGAACGGUCAUCGCCGCCGCUGCCACAUCGCUCCUCUCUCUGAGCUUCGUCUUUUCGACCACCGCCCAAGAGGUUCUCGGUUCCUGCAUCUUCCUCUUCGUCAAACAUCCCUUUGAUGUGGGAGACCGCGUGGAAGUCGAUCAGAAGCCAUACAUCGUGGAACGCAUCUCGCUGCUUUACACGGUGUUCCGCAACGUUAAUGACCACCGGACGACGCAGGUCCCGAACGCCGUGCUCAACACCUUGUGGGUUGACAAUUUCACGCGUUCGGCCGCCAUGCAUGAAGUGCUGACGGUUGCCGUCAACUUCGACACGACAUUCACCGAUAUCCAGCUCCUGAAGGCCGACAUGGAGAAGUUUGUCCGUGAUAAGGAGAACUGCCGCGACUUCCAGCCCGACAUCAACAUUGAUGUCGUAGGGGUUGGCGAUAUGGACAAGAUGGAGCUGUCGGUCACGAUCUGUCACAAGUCCAAUUGGGCCAAUGAGACGGUGCGCGCUGCACGUCGCUCCAAGUUCAUGUGCGCCUUAAUUGCUGCUGUGCGGCGGCUGCAGAUCCGUGGUCCGGGCGCUGCUGCUCCUGAGGGCGACGACGACGGUGAUAAGCCCGACUCCAGCGACGAUGCUCAAAAGAUCGACCCACCUACCCAGCCUGUUACUGGACUGAACAGCGGAGCGCAGCGGAAACCCUCUCAAGCGACGCGAUCCACCGGCAUUGACCUUGGGCUUCCCCCAGAUUCCGUGCACCGUCGAGGCGGCAACCUCGCAAUGUCUGUCAGUACCUACAGCGCAGGAAGAUACCCCGAAACCGUUCCCAGCGAGGGACCAGGCGACGGGAACGAGGGGGAUACCUAUCAGACGCCCGACGCGUCUCCAGAGCGCCAUCUCGCCGCCCCUUCGUUGGGCGGCCUGGCUCGGGAACCGUCCACUGGCCGCCGCAAGCAGGGCAGCACGUCGGUGCCGACAGCCACCGGCGGCGUGCCGAUCCUGUCGGAGCCGGUGCCUCCCCGACACGGAGCUGCCGCGGCAUCGCCUCCAGCACAUCAGCGGGUGGUCGCGGAGUACUACCGGAACACCCCGGGGCAGUACUACGACCCGCAGGACGGCCCGUACGAUCCCACGCAGCCGUUCGAACUGCCGUCGAUGCUGGAGCAGACGGGGACGGGGGAGCGGGAGCGGGAGCGAGGGGACUCGCCGAGUCUGCCGUCGUCGGUUCAGACGUCUCCGACGAACCAUCGGUUCGCGGAUGAGCAGAUGCCCGGGGCGUUUGUGUCGCGACGACCGCAUGGGUACUGA